GAAGAGUUCUUGGUCUUGUUCUGCUGAGAGCAGCAGGCUCAUUGGCUCAUCCAAGGCCGGGGUACUGUCUACAUUAUCCUUGCCAUCAGGGCCUGAUGCUGCCCUAGGUCUGACUAGGAGACCCACCUCACCUCUGGCUGUGUCAGGACCAUGAGGACUGGAAGCCACCGUCUCCAUCUGGCCUUUCUGUUCCUGUUGCUACUCCCUGCAGAGUGCCUGGGAGCUGAGGGCAAGCUGGCUCACAAGCUGUUCCGUGACCUAUUCACCAACUACAAAAGUGCCCUGAGACCUGUGGCAGACACAGACCAGACUCUGAAUGUGACCCUGGAGGUGACACUGUCCCAGAUCAUCGACAUGGAUGAACGGAAUCAGGUGCUGACCCUGUACCUGUGGAUCCGGCAGGAGUGGUCUGAUGCCUACCUACGAUGGGACCCAGAUGCCUACGGUGGCCUGGAUGCCAUCCGCAUCCCCAGCAGUCUUGUGUGGCGACCAGACAUCGUACUCUACAACAAGGCAGACACGCAGGCGCCAGCGUCGGUCAACACGAACGUGGUGGUGCGUCACGACGGCGCGGUGCGCUGGGACUCCCCGGCCAUCACGCGCAGCUCGUGCCGCGUGGACGUGUCCGCCUUCCCGUUCGACGCGCAGCGCUGCGGCCUGACGUUCGGCUCGUGGACGCACGGCGGCCACCAGCUGGACGUGCGUCCGCGCGGCGCCUCGGCCGGCCUGGCGGACUUCGUGGAGAACGUGGAGUGGCGCGUGCUGGGCAUGCCGGCGCGCCGGCGCGUGCUCACGUACGGCUGCUGCUCCGAGCCCUACCCCGACGUCACCUUCACGCUGCUGCUGCGCCGCCGCGCCGCCGCCUACGUGUGCAACCUGCUGCUGCCCUGCGUGCUCAUCUCGCUGCUCGCGCCGCUUGCCUUCCACCUGCCCGCAGACUCCGGCGAGAAGGUGUCGCUGGGCGUCACCGUGCUGCUGGCGCUCACCGUCUUCCAGCUGAUCCUGGCCGAGAGCAUGCCGCCGGCCGAGAGCGUGCCGCUCAUCGGAAAGUACUAUAUGGCCACUAUGACCAUGGUCACAUUCUCCACAGCGCUAACCAUCCUUAUCAUGAACCUGCAUUACUGUGGUCCCAACGCUCGCCCGGUGCCAGCCUGGGCUCGGGCCCUCCUGCUGGGACACCUAGCAAAAGGCCUGUGUGUUCGAGAACGAGGAGAACCCUGUGGGCAUUCCCAGCCAGCCAAGUCAUCUCCUAGCCCCCUGCUUCCUACUGUCCCCCCAGCAGGCCCUUGCCACGAGCCUCGGUGUCUUUGCCACCAGGAAGCCCUCCUGCAUCAUGUAGCCACCAUUGCCAGCACCUUCCGAAGCCAUAGGGCUGCCCAGCGCCGCCAUGAGGACUGGAAGCGCCUGGCUCGUGUGAUGGACCGUUUCUUCCUGGGCAUCUUCUUCUCCAUGGCCCUGGUCAUGAGCCUCCUGGUGCUGGUACAGGCCCUGUGAAAGGCUGGAGCACCUCCAGGCAGGGAUGGCAAAGGCCAGGUUAGUUGUUGGUCCUCAGAUAGACUAAUCCCUCUCUACUGCUGUUAAGAAUCUGGAACACCCUGGCCCAGCAUACUAACUUCACGACCCAUGAGAACUCUUGUUGUCUACAAAUUCUAACUAAGGGAAAUCCAGAGCCUGCCACCCACUAAUUCCUAAAGUGUAGCCAGGCGCUGAUGGCUCAUGCCUGUAAUCCUAGCUACUAAGGAGGCUGAGAUC